UGGCGCCUCUGUACAGAGCCAAGAGCUACCGACCUAAAAUAACCCGAUGUAUUUCUACCUCCGAUCGGAAACCCAUAAAUCAUGCAACAGCACGUCCUUCCAGAAAAUUCCACGAUAGGAACUGGAGCCGGUAAACAGCUGCAUUGUAACAGGGGUCAAAUCAAACGCAUUGUAUUGCGUUUAUGCGUUAACGAAGUUCAAUGGAGCGAACGAGGUAACCACCAGUCAUGCUCAUCAUUAAAAAUCCUGAACUGUUUUGUUUACUCAUUAUUUAUACAAGUCCAAGGUUAUGAGCUGGUUAAAAACAAAUAAUGUGUUAUGAAUUUUUUAUAGAGUCUGUCGAAGUGUCAAGUCGAAAGUCACUUGAUUCUUCCAUUUUGUAACCCAUAUUUGAUUCGAUACAAUGUCUAUUAAAGAUACAAGUACAA